ACACUACACAGAUGAAAAAAGGAGAGAAACACGUUCUCUGCAGGGAGCGGUAGAAAGCAACAAAUCAAGCCAUAUAUUAAGCUGUUUUUGGUUUUUGGAAUUGAAGGUUGAUUAUACUCAUGGCAACUAUAAAUGGGUGGUGUUGUCAGUCUCAGCCGAAUAUGAAUUCUUCAGGUAAAAAAGAUGCUCUGUAUCAUGAGCUAUGGCAGUUGUGUGCAGGUCCAGUAGUCGAUGUUCCCAGGGAAGAAGAAAGAGUUUAUUAUUUUCCUCAAGGCCACAUGGAACAAUUGGUAGCAUCAAUUAAUCAAGAAAUGGAUCAAAGAAUUCCAUCAUUCAAUCUCAAAUCAAAGGUCCUUUGUCGAGUUAUCAAUAGUCAUUUCCUGGCUGAAGAAGACAAUGAUGAGGUCUAUGUCCAGAUCACUUUGAUGCCAGAGGCACCACAUGUACCCGAGCCGACUACUCCGGAUCCAUUAAUUCCGCAGGAUGUAAAGCCUAGAUUCCAUUCUUUCUGCAAGGUCCUGACAGCCUCCGAUACAAGCACUCAUGGUGGAUUUUCUGUUCUAAGGAAACAUGCUAAUGAAUGCCUUCCUCCAUUGGACUUGAACCAGCAGACUCCGACCCAGGAAUUGAUUGCGAAAGACCUUCAUGACGUGGAGUGGCGCUUCAAGCAUAUAUUUAGAGGCCAACCUCGGAGACAUUUACUUACCACAGGGUGGAGUACCUUUGUUUCUUCAAAGAAAUUAGUGGCAGGGGAUUCUUUUGUAUUCUUGAGGGGUGAUAAUGGACAGCUACGAGUUGGGGUCAAAAGGCUUGUUCGCCAGCAGAGCUCAAUGCCGUCAUCGGUGAUGUCAAGCCAGAGCAUGCACCUAGGAGUCUUAGCUACAGCAUCUCAUGCUGUUACAACCCAGACAAUGUUUGUUGUUUACUACAAACCGAGAACCACUCAGUUCAUCGUAGGCGUCAACAAAUACUUAGAGGCUCUUAAACAUGAAUAUGCAGUUGGCAUGCGAUUCAAAAUGCAGUUUGAAGCCGAAGAGAAUCCUGAUAGAAGAUUUAUGGGCACUAUAGUUGGAAUUGAUGAUCUUUCUUCACAGUGGAAAAAUUCUGCGUGGCGAUCCUUGAAGGUCCGAUGGGACGAGCCUGCAGCCAUUGCAAGGCCUGACAGAGUUUCUCCUUGGGAAAUUAAACCUUAUGUGUGUUCAAUUCCAAAUGUCCUUGUCCCACCAACCGCAGGGAAGAACAAAAGGCAUCGGCUACAUAGUGAAAUCAAAAUAUCAGAACAACCUUCAUCCUCAAAUGCUUCGGCGGUUUGGAAUCCUUCCCUUCGAUCGCCUCAGUUUAACACCUUUGGCAUCAACAGCAGUACUAAUUGCGCAUUAGCGUCUCUUACAGAGAGUGGUUGGCAGCUUCCUCAUUUAAAUACUUCAGGUAUGCUUGUGGAUGAGCCAGAAGAUGGUAGGAGUGCUCCAACUUGGUGUGGUUUUCCAUGCGUUUUGGCCCCGCAGUUCGGUCAAGGGACUAAUCAGCCGAUUGUUAUUCCUACUGAUGGGAGAAAAUGUGAUACCAAAAAAACCUGUAGAUUAUUUGGUAUUGACUUGAAAAGUUCCUCAAUUAGCACUACUGAGGCACGACUACAGCCACAGCCAGCCGGCAUUUCUUGUGUCUUUGCAGAGAGAGCACCUCCAAACACGGUGCCUGCUGGUGAUUCAGAUCAAAAGUCUGAGCUUUCAGUAGACUUCAAAGAUCAAAUGCAAGGCCAUUUGCGGUUACCCCUAAAGGAGGUUCAAAGCAAGCAGAGUUGUUCCACCAGGUCUCGCACAAAGGUGCAAAUGCAAGGCGUAGCUGUAGGUCGUGCAGUGGAUUUAACCAUAUUGAAAGGAUACGAUGAGCUUACAAAGGAGCUUGAGGAGAUGUUUGAAAUCCAAGGAGAGCUUCAGUCACGACAGAAAUGGGGGAUCUUGUUUACAGAUGAUGAAGGGGAUACAAUGCUUAUGGGUGAUUAUCCGUGGCAAGACUUUUGCAAUGUGGUGAGGAAGAUUUUCAUUUGUUCAAGUCAGGAUAUGAAAAAAUUGACCCUGUCUCGCGCAGACAGUUAAGCAGCUCCUUUCAAAUGAAAUGAUGGCGGAAGAUGGUGAAAGUUAAAGACUCCGCCUUUUGAAGUGGUACCGUUUUGUGAUCUCUUUGGCUUCAUUCUCUAUAUAUAGUAGGAAAGAACGACAGGUUGUUGACAUAGCAAGGCGUAGAAGCUUGUUUUUACGCUCUUUUUAGCCUAGUGCAGCUCCGUUUUGAGAGCAGUUAAGUAAGUAACUAGUUAUAAUAGGAUAAGACUAGUAAAAAUAUAGUACUAGAAGUUGUAAAAAGUUAAGGGUGUUCUCUAAUGGGGAGUCUAUAUAGUAGUAGUUUAUGUAGUUUUCUAUUCGCGCGUUAACCUGUAAAUACUCAUGUGUCAUUGUAGUAUUCUGGAAAUACUACAAUGUAUCGUCUUGUUAACGUGCUUUAUGCCUUAUCUUAUAUGAAAACUCCAUGGUGGAGAUUGCUCUAU